AUGUAUGCGAAUUCACACACAUCAUCUCCGCUAUCCAAGGCCACGACGGCGCUAGCGCUUCAAGUUGCCCAGUUAUACAUUCCGUGCAGAGACUAUUCAAACGUGGAGCACAGAAUAUACGCCGAGGCUCUAGCCAAAACCAAUCAGGCCAUUACCGGGCCGAUACAGAGCAAGUCAGAUGAGCUACUGAUGACCACUCUCGUUUUGGACGCAUACGAGAGUAAUGAGGCUAUAUUUGGGAAGAGAUAUUGCAAGUCAAAUUUCGACAAGCACAUACUUGGUUCCGUGGCUCUGCUGCAACAUCGUGGAACGCUUAACUAUCGUGACGACACCUCGAGGAGCCUCCUCGUCGCCACUCGAAAUAGACUCCUUUACUCUGAUCGGAACCGAUUCAUCCAAUCAGCUGGUCUUGAGGCUGUUAGUGCUGUUUGGGAUAGCGCCAAUACAGAACAACCCAACGGCGUCGCCAUUGAGGCUGACACGCUAGCAUUCAAGCUUUCCCGGCUUCAGCACCUGAUAAAGAUGAAUCAUCAGAUCCCUGCCUCCCAUGACUCGGCAAAUGAAUGUCUGAUUCAAAGCAGCGCCGAUGAUGAUACGAGACUACAACGCAUUCUUACGAGCGCCACUAGCCUGGUGAUCGAAUGUGACCGCUGGCUGGACACCCUCCCGCCAACUUGGAGGCCAAUACCUGUUCUAGGUUGUAGCCUAUCUUCGUCGAUAAAAGCUGCUGCUUUGUACGAGAAAGUUAUUCCAACCGUCUACACCAAUUUGUCGAUAGCCAACUUACUGAACCGGCAGAGAAUCACCCAGCUGGGUGUGCUUGAACUCAUCCACAAGUGCACUGUUGCCAGAUCAGCUAAGUCAAUGCAGAUCAAGUCUCCACAGGAUAGAGAUCUUCCAGCUACGCUAUUAGCUAAGACUCAAAUCCUCGUGGAUGAAAUUUGUGCGAGCGUGCCAUAUUUGACAGUAGACGUAAGCGACAAGGCCUCUGUCAUUUCUCUAGCUCUGCCCACCCCGAACAAGAAUGCCUUUUGUCACUGGGACACUGCAGAGCAUAGAAGGCAGGUAGCAGCAUCAGGUUUAUAUAUGAUGUAUGGAAUUCUCAAUCAGGCUCUUGGUAUUGUGGGAGAUAUGGGUGUGCAAGGGGGCUUCGACAAUGUGAUUCGCAAGGGGCAGUUCGACUGGAUGGUUAGACAGUCAAACAGACUAAGAGAUAUCCUUUCUUUUUGA